UCAGCAUUAAACAUGAGAGUAGUUUUGACCUUAUCAGUAAUGGUUGGUCUUUGUGAGCAUGUCACAGCAUGGUUUGACAAUAGUGUUCACUUUGGUGAUUGUUUUUCCGUUCAUUCCGUAACUGAGGACCACUCCUACCAAUUAUCUUGGAGCGGUUAUGACCACUUUAGCAGUUGUAGAGUUUCUUUCAAUGGUUAUGAUUCGGAUAAUUCAAUGGACACAUAUAAAGUAUGCGUAAAGGCAACAAACAGGACGAUUGAAGAUUACGGAGUCACUAUGAAAUAUUACACCAAUAAACGUGCCACCUAUCUAGAAAAGACAUACUCUAAAAGUCAUGGUGAUCCAACAGAUAAAUGGUGUGCAGAUCCAAACGACAUUAUAUCUAUAGUUCUGACGACGUCUACCUUAAGUUUAUAUCAAGGUCAGAUAACCUUGGAAGUGACUGCUGUAAAGACAUACUCGUAUCACAAUUAUGGAGGAACGAUUGGUGGCGCUGUUGGUGGAGUUAUCGUCCUUGUUGUUGUAUGUGUUGUCAUUGGAAUUGCUUUUAGACAUGUUAGAAGACGUUUUUAUGUCAGAUCAACAACUUUAACAUCUCAAACUCCAGCUUCCGCUAGAAGUACACAGUCUGUGUCUCAAAAUAUGGGAGGAAAAAGCAAUCCGGGAUAUCCAUCAGACCAAGUGGCUUCUAUAGGUGGCUCGGUUGUAUUUGCAUUCCAGAAUUCAGGUUGCUCUUUUGUGAACCCUACUUAAAUCAAUGUAUCUGAUUUGUGUGA